AUUACCAGUUUCGGAGGUCUGAAGCAAUUCAACACAAAAACAAAUCGAACGAUGAAAUUGAAAGCGACCAUUUUUGUUAUUCUGCUGGCUAUGCUGGUGCUUGAUCAAGUGGAGUCAGGAUGGUUUCGUCGUGGGUGGAGAAAAAUCAAACGCGGAACAAAAAAAGUAUGGAGAAAGGCAAAACAUGUUGCAAAGAAAGUUUGGAAAAAAGCGAAGAAAUCAUUGACUGGAGCGGCCAAGAAAUGGGCGAUUGCAAAGCUACAGAGUUUUGCAGGAGAUAUGAAAAAGCUACAAGAGAAGGAUCAAGCAUCAUACGACGAAAUAAUGGAAAAUCUCCACCAGAUGAUUGCGGAUGAAACCAACAUUGAAUUUGCAACAGAUUUUGCGAAAGAACUUGAGGAGUUUGUGAACAUGGAUGAAGACGAACGCUUUUUCAAACUCAAAAAUGAGAUUUUUAGCAAUGACAAUCAAAGCGAGUAUGAAGAAGACGAUGUACUUGUCGAAUAGCUGGUUUAAGAUGAUCAGUGAAGCUCCUCGUCUCGGAAAUUUUAUGAUUUAUGCAUAUUUUUUCACGCGUAAAUAUAUACGGAUACAAUACGCAAAUAUAUAACAUGUUCAUGCACUCUA